AUGGACUUUUCGGCAUGUGCAGACGAUUCAUCUUUCGGAACGGCAGUUCGGGGCUGCCGGGACAAUUUUGACUUCACACUUCGGUUUGAGAGGAUCUUCUUUGGACUUGUUCCGGCUGCAGUCUUUAUUGCCCUCGGGUUGACCAGAGGACUUGUUCUUGCUGGAAGGCCGAAAGUAGUGACUCUAGGCGGCUCGGUUCUGAAAAUUGUAAAGUUGGCCGCAACUAUUUUGUACGGAGCACUUUGCCUCACACUUCUUGUCUUCAGUACGAAAUCGAAUCAGUCAAAAGCUUUGUUUGCUUCUUCCACCUCGCUGGGAUUCAUUUCCUCGCUUUGUAUUAUAUUUGUCUCAUUUCUGGAGCAUCCGCGUUCUCCUCGACCAUCUAUCUUACUAAGCGGUUAUUUGCUACUUACUAUUCUAUUUGACAUUGCUCAAACUCGGACAUUAUGGCUUGCCUCGGUCACACCCGAAGAGUCCACUUUCUCUCGAGUUGUUACCGCUGCUGUUGUGGUGAAAGCGGCCGUUCUUGUUCUCGAAUGCCAGCACAAAACCAAAUGGAUAAAUUGGGAUCCCAAGCAACAUAGUCCUGAGGAAACAACUGGCCUCUUUGGUUUGGCAACUCUUGGAUGGUUGCAAAGACUUUUUAGGAGCGGGUAUAGCAAAGUUUUAAUCCUGGAAGAUCUCUACCCACUCGAUGGAAGAAUCAUUACAGAGAGAUUGCAAUUUGAACUUUUGGAGAGACUUGAAGCUACCAAGUCAAAGGGCCAGAGAUAUGGGCUGGGCUUGACGAAAGCUCUGGCGAGGACCUUGUCAUUUGCCCUUUUGCUACCCAUGAUUCCACGACUCGGUCUCACAGCUUUUCGCUUCUGUCAACCAUUUCUCAUUCGAAGACUUUUGAAGCUGCUUCAAAAGCCGGAAGACCAUGAUGCGAGAAACAGCGGUUACGGUUUAAUUGGAGCUACUAUAAUUAUCUACACGGGCAUGGCUUCUUCGACUGCCUUGUAUUGGUAUCUUCACGAGCGCGCUCUAUGCAUGACUCGAGGGUCUCUGGUUGGUGCAGUAUACAAGAAGACCACCAAAACAAGACUCUCCGUUUCAGGGGAAUCCGCUGCUAUCACCUUGAUGAGUGCCGACGUCGAACGCAUCAGACUUGGCUUUUUGAACUUGCAUGAGUUCUGGGCAAAUACUGUUGAAGUAGCAAUAGCCACAUGGCUACUUGAGCGCCAACUCGGGUUGGCAUUUCUCGCUCCUCUCAUCGUGGUUAUUGUCUGCAUCAGUUUGGCUUCGUUUGCCAAUCGAUGGACCGGCAUUCGCCAAAGAGCUUGGAUGGAUAGAAUUCAAAGCCGAGUUGGGCUCACAGCAAAUGUCAUAUCGCACAUGAAACAUUUGAGAAUCUCUGGACUUGCCGCUCCUGUCGAGAGCUUAAUUCAGAAGAUGCGUGUGGAUGAGCUCAAAAGUGCUGCGAAGUUUCGAACCAUUUACAUCAUUGUUGUAACGCUCGGGUAUCUUCCCAUGGCUUUGUCGACUGUCAUGACAUUUGCAGUUACAUCGGAAGGACUCGAUGUCUCGUCAAUCUUCACAUCAGUUUCUUACAUUCUUUUGCUGGCUGAUCCUCUAAGUUAUCUCUUCCAAAACACGCCAAAUCUUCUAGCGGCAUUUGCCUGUCUUCACAGGAUUCAAACCUUCUUGGAGCAACCUCAGAGAGUCGACUUCCGCAUGGCAUACUCUCAGGACUCGGAGACGGGAUCCGAAACCGGGAGCUCAGCGUAUGCUGAUUCGGAACAUGAUACAAAAUCGGCAAUAAGCAUCACGGGAGGCAACUUUGGCUGGGAAACCAACAAGAUCGCGCUCAAGGACAUCAAUUUGACCAUCCCUUCAUCGCGGCUGACGAUGGUUGUCGGACCGAUCGCAUCGGGGAAGUCUACUUUAUGUACAGUUCUGCUCGGCGAGAUUCCUGUCUCCCGUGGGCACGUUUCUCUAAGCUCGAAUUUCAUGUCAAGGAAAGUGGGUUACUGUGGUCAAACACCAUAUUUAUCCAAUGCCUCCAUCAAAGAGAAUAUCAUUGGAUUUUCUCCUUUCAACCAAGCCCGAUAUGAUGAAGCGGUGAAAGCUUCCAUGUUGGAGCAAGAUCUUUCAAUCCUUCCAAAGGGUGACGACACUAGUGUUGGCAGUAGUGGAAUAUCAUUGAGCGGGGGUCAAAAGCAGCGUGUUUCGAUCGCGAGAGCACUGUACCUUGACACAAAUUUCUUCAUCUUUGACGAUAUUCUUAGCGGACUAGACGCGGACACCGAAGCACAAGUCUUUGAACGCGUUUUUGGACCUAACGGCAUAUUGCGACAUCGAAAUGCGACUGUGGUGUUAUGUACUCACAGCAUUCGACACUUACCUGCAGCAGAUCAUGUCAUCGCAUUGGGAGAACAUGGAACUAUCGUCGAGCAGGGAAGCUUCUCUGAUCUCGCUGCAAACGAAAACUAUAUCCAAGGUCUCGACAUCAAGCCACUUGAGGCAGAAAAGAGGGAUUCUACUCAGAUUACCGAUACCAAAGUGGCUAUUUCAGCGUCAACGGUUGUUGCGACACCAAAGAAGGUCGCCGCAGGAUUCAGUCAUAUGGAUGAAAGGAGUCGAUUGGUCGGAGUCUCCAACAUACACAGACAUUACAUCGCCAGUCUUGGCAAAACCUCAGUCCUAGCCUUCACGAUCUUUGGCGUCGGAUGGGGAUUCUUCUACAACUUUGCCAACAUAUGGCUUACUUUCUGGGCGAAAGACGUCGCUUCGGGAACAUCUUCACGAUCGAACUCUUUUUACAUCGGAAUCUACGCUCUCUUUCAGGUUGCAUAUGUCGCAUCCAUGUUCUUUUGUUUCCUUAUAUGCUUCAGGCUCAUGAUCAAGGUUUCUGGAUCGAAACUUCAUAAAGAUGCACUGAAGACUAUGAUCAAUGCGCCUCUGAGGUUCUUUGCGACAACAGAUACGGGGUUGAUCAUUAAUUUGUUUUCUCAGGAUAUGACACUGAUUGACAACGAACUUCCACUUGCGAUCACGAAUCUCGCAUUGGAUGUAUGCAAUGCUAUCGGAAUGGCUGCGGUCAUCGCAACUUCUUCGCCUUAUCUUGCAAUCGCGUACCCAUUUAUGCUGGUUAUUUUGUACUGGGUACAAAAGUUCUACCUUCGCACGUCGCGACAACUCCGACUUUUGGAUCUCGAGGCAAAAAGUCCUCUUUACUCCCAUUUCCUUGAUACCAUCAAUGGCGUUGCAACCUUCCGCGCAUUCGGCUGGAUUCAAGAUGGUAUUGAUUUGAACCAGAGCCUCCUCUCCAUCUCGCUAAAGCCAACAUAUCUUCUCGCCAUGGUCCAACGUUGGCUAGGCUUCGCGCUUCAGAUGAUCGUCGCUGUUCUAGCAGUUACAGUCGUCACUCUUGCCACUCAAUUGCGUUCUAGCACCGCUAUGACUGGAGCUAGUUUGAUUACACUCAUGACAUUAGGAAAUAUUCUCAAUUAUAUCGUCCGAUGGUAUACUCAGAUCGAGACUUCUAUCGGCGCAGUAAGUCGUUUGAAGAGUUUCAGUGAUCAUGUCAAGUCGGAGAGCUUAGAAGUUGAAAAUGUAAUUCCACCGGCGGAAUGGCCUAUGCAAGGUGCGAUUGAAUUGAAUGGUGUAUCAGCUUCUUAUGACGAGGAGGAGAAAGACGAAAACGAUGGUAAUGAAAAUGAAAUCAGCGAAAAGGGACCAAACUUAGCUCUCAACAACCUAAACCUAACCAUCCAACCCGGCGAAAAGAUUGCCAUCUGCGGCCGCAGCGGAAGCGGUAAAUCAUCCACCAUCCUCCUUCUCCUCCGUCUCCUCGACCCCUUAUCCUUCACCUCCCAAAACAUAACCAUAGACUCGCUCCCUCUCCACAAAAUUGACCGCUCAACCCUCCGUCAACGCAUCAUCGCCGUUCCCCAAGACCCCGUUUUUCUCCCUGACGGCACAUCCAUCAUGGUGAAUCUAGACCCGUAUUCCGUGUCCUCGGCAGCAGAAUGCGAAGAUGUACUCUCUGUCGUUGGCUUGAGCGGACUCAUCACCCUGCGUGGCGGGAUUGGCGAGGCAUUGACACCCGCGAGUCUAAGUCAAGGUCAAAAACAACUCUUCUCCCUCGCGCGCGCCAUAUUACGACGUCGAAUCCGCUCUCGCGACCAUGAAGCCACGUUCGGCACAAUGACUACUUCCGAAAAACAAUCCUUCUCCACCUCCAACACUUCCGGGGGUAUACUUCUCCUCGACGAGGUUUCCUCCUCUGUAGACCGCGACACGGAUCGUGCGAUGCAGAAGAUCAUCAUGGAUGAGUUUAAGCAUUAUACUAUUGUGAUGGUGAGUCAUCGGCUGGAGAUGGUGAUGGGGUUUGAUCGCGUGGUUGUUAUGGAACGGGGAAGUAUUGUGGAGGUGGGCAAGCCUCUGGAGUUGAAGGGGGUUGUGGGGGGGAAGUUUGCUGGGUUGGUUGGUAGGGGAGGUGGGAAGUGA